CGCCGGACACGCCAGACGGAUUAGUUACGAGAAACUCUCAUUAGGAAGUCUCUACAUUAGAGACGUCAACAUGGUUUCUUACCUCAUGUUAAUAAUAUUUCUGUUUUGUAUCAAAAACACUAUAGCUGCAUCAAAAUCUCAUUUUAAGUCCAAACCUUCCAUUGACAAUUAUUUCGCGGACAAGGGACGACCUCUAAAUCAGCGAUCAAGAGAAUACGAUGGUAACUUUUGGAUGAACCGUGGCAUGUCCGACCUAAGACGUCGGGUCAAAACGCUAGAAAAACCAAUCAUUGGACGGGCAAAGAACGUCGUGUUUUUCCUGGGCGACGGUAUGUCCUUAGCCACAGUGACUGCGGCCAGAGUACACAUGGAACAGACUUCCGGCAAGCCGUUUUCAGACGGAAAUACUUCACUAACGUUCGAAAACUUUCCGUACACCGGAUUGGUCAGGACAUAUUGCGUGGACAAACAAGUGGCCGAUUCGGCUUGUUCGUCGACUGCCUACAUGACUGGUGUGAAGGCGAACUCGGGAACAUUGGGUGUGACUGGCGCCGUUCAGAAGAAUGACUGUAAGGCGUCUUUGGAUUCUAAAAACCAAGUAGACUCAAUAUUACGGUGGGCUCAGAUGGCUGGAAAAUCUACCGGCAUCGUCACCACCACGAGAGUAACGCACGCAUCACCGGCCGGCGGCUAUGCUCAUUCGGCUGACAGAAGUUGGGAAAGCAGCGCUCCGGGUGACUGUUUGGAUAUUGCUCAACAGCUGGUGACUCGAUCGCCCGGGAUUGAGUUAGAUGUAAUCCUGGGUGGAGGCCGACAAGAGUUCCUACCGAAAAAAAUGAACGGCAAUCGAGAGGACGGUCGGGAUCUGAUCGCUGAAUGGAAGGUUCACAUGAUGAAAACCCAUCAAAAGUACGAUUAUGUGAGGAACAAAACCGAAUUAUCAAAUGUGGAUCUGAAAGACGUGGAUAAACUUUUAGGUUUGUUUUCCAUGAGUCAUAUGUCCUACACAGGCACCAAGGAAAUAGAAAAGGACGAGCCUUCUCUUAGUGAAAUGACCGUGGCCGCUAUAGAAGUGUUGCAGAAGAACGAGAACGGAUACGUGUUGUUCGUUGAGGGUGGUCGGAUCGAUCACGCGCACCAUCAGAAUCUGGCACACAUGGCCCUGAGCGAGACGAUAGCUUUUUCUCGAGCCGUAAAUGUGGCCGACACUAUGACGAACCCGAAGAACACGCUAAUUGUCGUCACGUCGGACCACUCGCACACAAUGACCAUCAACGGGUAUCCGUCCAGAGAGGAUCGCGUUGUCGGGCACGUAAAUCGUGGUGGCGAAACGUAUUCGAUUUUAAGUUACGCUAACGGACCGUCGGCCAAAGAACACAAGUACGAGAAAGAACCGUCGGAGUACGGUGAAAAGUUCGCACUUUAUCCGGCUCUAGUGCCGAUGUCAUUGGAAACGCACGGCGGCGAGGACGUAGCAGUGUGGGCUCGAGGUCCGUGGGCCCACUUGUUUGUCGGGAGUUUCGAACAAAACGUGUUGCCCUUGAUCAUGUCGCACGCAUCGUGUAUAGGUCCCAGCAAGGGAAAAUGCUCAGAUAGAUAGUAAACAGCAACGAAUUUGCAGCCAAUUUCCCAACCAUAAUUGUUAAUUUUGUUCAAUAUUUUCGCCAGAUUUCAUUUACUCAUGUGCUCAUUUGAAAUUUAUAAUUAUUUGAAUGCACCGUCGGUGGUUAACUAUUUCUUUAAUUACGUCAUGACUUAUUAUUAUAUUAAUUGAAUAAUUAUUUAUUUGAAGUGACCGUUGUCAUCAAUUACUGUAACCAAGUAUUACCAAUAAGUGUAUAUAUAUUAUUGCUCAUUUGAUAAUUGAUUAAUUCAUUUUAGUAUACAUAUUUUGUGUAAAGAAUUUA